GCAAACCGCGCUGAAGGAUGAAUAUGAAACUUUUCAUUUGCUUCCUCCUUAUUACUGUUUCAACAUGCGAGAAAAUCGCGAAAAAGGACUUGGCUAUGCUAAGAAUGGGUAAACGAGAUGCUGUUUCUUCUUUCGCUGAUGAGUCGUCAUCAAAUUUUCUUCCUCCCUUGCCAAGAAUCGGAAAAUACCUAGAAUAUUUAGAUAGAAGAGAAGAAGAGAAUAGUAAUAAUAAAAGAGCCGCUAUGCUGAGAAUGGGUAAAAGAGAAACAGACUUUACCGACGAUGAUGAUGAGAAAAACAUAAUGCUUCGUAUGGGGAGAGGAAUGAGUGAUCUGAGAAUGGGUAAAAGGAGCAUGUUGAGAAUGGGUAAAAGAGAUUCACCAGAACUAGAAAAGAGAAUGAUGUCGAUGCUUAGAAUGGGAAGAAAUGUUCCAAAUAAAAGAUUUUCAUCAAGAGACGAUUCGGACAAUAAAAGGCAUAUGUCUAUGCUUCGAAUGGGAAAGAGAGGUGCUAUGUCUAUGCUUCGAAUGGGAUAAUUAACAUUACUAAGUUCCAAAAAGAACAUUACACAUGGAUUUACCAAUUCGAACAUGUAGUUAUAAGAAAUUUCCUUUACUCUCUAAUACAUACCAGUAAAAAUAGUUCUUUUCGAUUAUUCUCUAAAUAACAGCAUCAUAUCACUGAUACCAUUUCCCUGAUUAAAAUUUUUUUUGUUCAAACAACACUAGUCAAUGAAUAAUCUACAUAUAUGGUGUCCAUUUUAAUAUUAUGCAUUUUUCUUUUAAAUCGUUAUACAUAGCUGAUACUUAUUUUAUAAAAAUAAUAUUUUCACCGC